UAUUUCACCACUAUUGCAAAUUAUUUGUCUUUCUCUUUCUACAAAACCUUACCAAUUUUCAACAACAUUGAAAUUUAUAAACAUAAAAUACAAUUAUCCAUUUGUUUCAAAUCAUCAAUAAAUUGCUGUUUUGGGGUGCAGUGACAGGUAUGGCAGAUAAAGAUGAAGAGCUGGCUAUGCCAAGGGAUGCAAAGAUUGUGAAGUCUUUGAUGAAAUCAAUGGGCGUGGAGGACUAUGAACCUCGUGUUGUACACAAGUUUCUUGAUUUAUGGUAUCGCUAUAUUGUUGACGUGUUAACGGAUGCUCAAGUGUAUUCAGAGCAUGCAGACAAGUCUGAAAUCGACUGUGAUGAUAUUAAGCUUGCUAUUCAAUCCAAGCUUAACUUCAGUUUCUCGCAACCACCCCCUCGUGAGGUGCUUCUGGAGUUGGCUCAUAACCGCAACAAGAUACCAUUGCCAAAGACUAUAGCUGGACCUGUUAUCCCGCUUCCACCUGAUCAGGACACAUUAAUCAGUCCCAAUUACAUGUUUGCAAUUCCAAACCAAAGGCCUGCUGAACCUCCUAUAGAAGAAACAGAGGAUGAAGAAGAUACUAAUACUAUUCCCAACCCCUCCCAGGAAGAGCAGAUAGUCAUGCAACAGAAUUCACCUCAAAGAGUAUCAUUUCCCCUGCCCAAACGCCAAAACGAUUAAUUUCAAGUCCUGUCUGCCAUUAAUGCUUAAUUUAGUCUAAGCUCGCACGUAAUUGUUUUACUAUGGUGGUAGUAACAAAAAUCUAUAAAUUUUGUAGCUUGUUCGAUUUAUUUAUUCUUUGUAAAGUCCACUGGGUUCUGACAUUGAAAUAAAAUGGUUUCCAAACGGCUCCUUGUGGUUAGAAGUCCUAGUGAACACAAAUGUUCACCACAGCUCUCUCUAUAGUUGGUUUGGAGCCGUGCUAAUUCUGAAAUUAAAUUCAAUUGAGUAUUUCUGUAGACAUGAAUUUUUUUUCAUUGUAUUCUGUUCACUUUUCUUAAAUAAGAUCCUUUUUAACUU